UUAAAGCAGACCUCUUGUCUUUCUGCUCAUUCGGUCAUCAUGUUCUUCAACCUGCUGCUCCUCACAGUCAUCGUGACUGUCGAGGCUCAAAGAGUUCCAGGUCUACAGAAGACUGAUUCGUGUCUGUGUAAAAUAAACAGCUCAAUCUGGACUUUCCCUGCUGUUCAGUUUAUGGAAGUCACAAGACAAGUGCAUAUCUGCGAAGAGAUCUUGGAUGAGUUUGAGGAAAAGGUGAUAAACACAAAUGCAGAACUGCCGAUGAUGGAAGCCACUCUUCAGAACAUCACAGCACGUCUGAAAGCAUUUGAUUACCUUUAUAGAAGUGGACUGUACAGCGCUCUUCACCUUCGCCAGCUGAACCAGGAGCUUGAAGAAAUCCAUCGAUCUGUCAGUGAAACACAUAUGCAGAACCCCAAAAAAGAGACGCGUACUCUGCUCAGAGAGUUAAAUAAAACAAAGAAAGAUGCCCAGAAAAUGUACAAAGAUGAUUUCUUCAACCUGGAGAGCAUGAAGAAUAGGUUGCGUGACCUCAACAAUCGCGCGCAGACUUCCAAGACCAUACCAACUGAUUUCAGAAGUUCUUGUCAUCAGCGCAUCAUGACCAAAAUAAGUUCUCCAGUUGUCACCAAGCUGAAUUCCAUCAGCAAGUCCUAUAUUUCUGGUGCCUGGGGCCGUGAUGCUCUACUAACUGAUGAACAGCGUUAUUGGGAACACUGUCUGGUUAGUGGACACAAGGAUGGCCACACUAUCAGAAUGUACAACUCGUAUGAAGACUUCAUGGCUAACAGGAACUACAAGGAUGAACAGAUUGCACCGUCUUACAGCAGCGAAAAUGCAGUUCGGGGUUCUGGCACUAUACUCUACAACAAUACCGUAUAUUACCAAUGCUACGACAAAGCUGAAAUCUGUAGCUUCGAUAUUACAAGUCAAUCAACCAAGCGUAUGAAACUGGAUGGUGCUGGAAUCGACAACAAGUUCCCGUUCUGCUACUACAGCUGUCGUGAUUGGACAGACAUCGACCUGGAGGCUGACAGAGACGCCGUGUGGGUGAUUUAUGCCACCGAGGAGAAUCAUGGGAACAUCGUUUUGAGUCGCUUAGACCCGGUGGAGCUCAAUAUCACACACACAUUUAAGACGCAUCUCUUUAAGAGGUCAGUCAGCAGCACAUUUAUGGUGUGUGGGGUCCUUUAUGCAACACGUUAUCUUAAUACUUAUCAAGAGGAAGUGUUUUAUGCUUUCGAUACAACCACUGGUCAAGAGAUAAACUCUCUUUCUUUGCCUUUCGAGAAGGUUUCUGCUGGAAUAGCCAAUCUGAACUACAAUCCUGUUGACAGGAGGCUUUACAUGUAUAAUGAUGGCUAUCUGCUAGCAUAUAACACCUUCAACUGAGGGUCUUUAUUAUAGUCAGCCCAAACUGCAGCACCUGUAAAAUGUCUCAAAAUAAAUAGUGGUUAAAUAAAACCUUUAUUACGUCAUUAUGUGACUCUGAAGUGUUGAGUCAGAUUAACUUUUUUGUCUAUUUUUGUAAUUUUUCAUUAAAAUAAAUGCGCUAAUACAA